CCUCCUGUCGUUUCUACCCUGGGACCUAUGCCUGGGACUAACGUUACUGGUCAGUGCUGUGGCUGCAAGGCGCCCCGUAACAGAAGACCUGCUCCGGAUAAACCUUUUGUAAGACAGCACAAACGUUAGCCCUACAUCAAAAGAUGGAAGUGCAGGAUCAGGAGUCUCUGGGGCGAUGGGAAGAGCUCGGCAGCCGGGAUGCCAUCUCCAGAACUGAAGCCAUGGAGAACAUCCGCCAGGACGUCAUGAGGAGAGUGGAGACCAUCAGACCCAUUACAACAUUGGCUCCAGCAUCGAAAAGCCCUCUUAAAAGUGACCUGAAUGACAUCCUGGCUCACCUUCUCAUGCUGACCAAGCGCUGUCCCUUCGAUGACGUCAAGGAGCAAUGCGUCCGGAUUCUACAGGGCGUCCAGGACUUGGGAGUUAGAAUCCCAAGACCCUUAGGAAACGGACCAAGUAGAUUUAUCCUGAAAAAGAGGUAAGAGACAAUUCUGGAAGUCAGUAAAGUGGACGCCAGGACACAGUCGAUAUUUGAGGAUGCGUUUGCAGCCCUAGGUCGCCUCGACAACAUUUCUCUGGUGAUGGGCUUCCACCCACAGUACCUGGGGAGUUUCCUCCGGACUCAGCACUACCUGCUGCAGAUGGACGGGCCCCUCUCUUUGCACUACCGACACUACAUCGGCAUCAUGGCGGCAGCUAGACACCAGUGUUCCUACUUGGUGAACCUCCACGUGAAUGACUUCCUCCAGGUCGGGGGGGAUCCCAAGUGGCUGAACGGCCUGGAUGAAGCCCCGCAGAAGCUCCAGCAGCUCGGGGAACUCAACAAAAUCCUGGCCCACCGACCAUGGCUUCUCACCAAGGAACACAUUGAGCGCCUUCUGAAGGCAGAGGAGCACAGCUGGUCCCUCGCAGAGUUAAUCCACGCCGUGGUCCUCCUCACACACUACCACUCCCUCGCCUCCUUCACUUUCGGCUGCGGCAUCACGACGGAGAUCCACUGCGACGGUGGACACACUUUCAGACCGCCCUCCCUCAGCCAAUACUGCGUCUGUGACAUUGCCAAUGGCAACGGUCAUUCCAUUCAUCACAACGAUUCGCUUGGCAACCAGGAGUUGUGCGGCGAGGUGGAGGUGCUGAUGGAGCGCAUGAAGCAGCUGCAGGAGUGCGACGAUGAGGAGGCGAGUCAGGAGGAGAUGGCGACUCGCUUUGAGAAGGAGAAGACUGAGAGCAUGCUGGUGGCCACAGCGGAGGACGAGGAGUGUGUCCCUUCCAGAGACAUCUCCCGACACUUUGAGGACCCCAGCUAUGGCUACAAAGACUUCUCCAGGAGGGGGGAGCACGUGCCCACAUUCAGAGUGCAGGACUACAGCUGGGAGGAUCAUGGCUUCUCUCUGGUGAACCGACUGUACCCUGAUGUUGGUCAGAUGCUGGACGAGAAGUUCCAGAUGGCCUACAAUCUGACGUACAACACCAUGGCAACACACAAGGAUGUGGACACCAGCAUGCUGCGCCGGGCCAUCUGGAACUACAUCCACUGCAUGUUCGGCAUCAGGUAUGAUGACUACGAUUACGGGGAGAUAAAUCAGCUUCUGGACCGUAGCUUUAAAAUCUAUAUCAAGACUAUGGUGUGUAGUCCUGAGAAGACCACCAAACGAAUGUAUGAGAGCUUCUGGAGGCAGUUUCAGCACUCCGAGAAGGUCCACGUUAAUCUGCUUCUUAUGGAAGCGCGAAUGCAGGCGGAACUGUUAUACGCUCUGAGAGCGAUCACCCGCUACAUGACAUGAAGUGCUUUUGGCCUAUUUAUCGUUGUCUUUUGACUGUCUUUGUCGUUGCUCAUAAUGGGACACUUCAAGAAAAAGAAAAAAAAAGAAUAUAAAAGUGGGGGAAACGUGAAAAGCCCUGGGUUGUGAUGGUGCUUGUUUGAUGGAUGUUGAGAAGAGGAUCAGAACAAAUUUAAAGAAAAUAACUGAAGUCAUCUCAGACUGGAUACACAAGCUCGUGUUGCCUGCAGUGCCAAAACUGACCAAGAGAGGGCCGCCUGGAGCAAACUCCGGCUCUGCUCGGGGUUUGUUCCAGGGAGAGGUUUCAGUGGUCCAGCAUAUCUCUUCUGUCUCCUGGUAGAGUGAAGACCCACAGAAAAGCCCAGAAAGCUGUGCAGCCAGAAACAGUCUGCACUUUGAUUCUGUUGUCACUGUUAUAUUUGUUAGUUUCUUUAAUAUCUUUUUUUUCAUUUUGUAUUAAGGGAAGUUGUUGUCGAUGUGGUUGCUUUUAGUGCUAACUGGAGAUGGAAGCAUUCACUUUGGGCGUUUUUUUCCCUUUAUUUUUUGUAUACGUGUGCCUGAACUAUCCAGCACAGAGUUCAUACGUGCUGAUGCUGCUGCUCCCAUGUUGUAUUCAGCGGGGUCAUAUUGAUCCCCAAAUCAACCAACCAACCCCAUUUUGUCCCCUAAACCCCCUAUCCAUUAGAAAUCCACUGCAUUACUCCCUCUACCCCACUCCCAUAUCUCAAAUGUCAAUGUAAGCUAAUCUAAGGAGGUGUGGAAAAAAACUCAAAGAACACUGUCUGAGCCCUUUUUUUGAGUUUGACUGUAAACGUGUGGAUGAGUUAUAUGUUCAUGAUGACUGAGGUGUGUGUGUGUGUGUGUGUGUGUGUGUGUGUUUCCCAGAAAUGACGGAGAAAAAAAAGUUUGUCUUUAAAUUUUAUGUGUCAAAAAAAAAGCGAGGCACUUUGAAGGAACGCCUUCUUGCUUCUGCUGUAGCUCUGUUAUUGUGAGAUGACUGUUUUAUCAUUUGUUGAUGAUGAUUUUUUUUUUUCUGGUAAUGGGGAUGUUAAAAAAAAAAAAAGCUAAUCAAAAAGAAAGUUAGAAACCAGGUUUCCGGGGGGGUUUGCUUCCGGUUGCCCUGACCACACAUUAUCUGUCUUCCGCUUAUCCCAGCUGCCUGGUCAUCCUAACACUUACAAAGCUUUGGAUUGUGAAUUUACCAGUAAAUGAAUACCUCUUCUGUUUUUCUCUAUAAAACUUAUAAGAUAUGCUCUUUGGUGAGCAGAGACUCUUUCCGGGCGCCGUGUCCCCUUUGUUUUGGGACCCGGGGCCGACUGCGGUCGAUUUUAGCUGUCGAACGCAAAAUGUUGUAGCUGUGCUUAUUUCCCUGCUGGGGAAGUCUAACCAGUGCGAAAGAAGCUUUUUUUUAAAUUUUGAACAGAGGUGUGAAACCUCUGCUGUUUUGUUUUUUGUUUACUAAAACCAGUAAAGUACUGCAUUCUUCUGAGGGUGGAUUGAGAGUCAGACAGAUGAAUGAGUGAAGAGGAGGAGGAGGGUGAUGAUAAAAAGAAUGGUACAUUUGGAAGUAGUUUGAGAGGAAGUGGAGGGUUUUUUUCUUUCAAACUUCUGACUUAUGUCAGUUACUGACACUUUUUAUAUGAAAAUAUAUUAAAAAGAUGAAGAAAAAAAAAACUGAUAUUGAAUUGUUGUGUAUCAUUCGUAGUUUUCUCCUUAACGAUUUGAUUUCACUGCUUCAUCGAGGAGAUUAUAUUAGACGUGGAGAGGCCGACACAGUUCAGGAAUAAAAAACUCACAGCACAAUCGGCGUCGGUUCACUUCCACCGUUUGAGUUUAGAAAGUUAAAUAAUGGUGAGAAGACUCAUGUGAAGAGGUGGGGAGUUGUUCCAUCACCUUAUGCUCCAACGUACACUCAGCUGUUUGAUAAUGAGGCUGACUUCAUCCACAACAAUCUGAACUCAGCCUGUCAUCAGUAAGGUCCCGGGACUCGUAUGACUCAUUGAGAACCAGAGCCCUGCCCAGAGCCGUCAAAGUUUCUCUUUGCUCCUGACCAAUAAUUCGAGAUAAGGGGGAAUCCCUUGUAGGAAACUUUACCUCUCUUUUCUAUAUGCCUCGCUAUCACCUCACUGGGAAAAACCUUCAUUUCCCUGGUGAGGCUUGCUAUCUGUCUGAAGUUCAGGGUGUUUCUUAUCGAGGCCUGUGUGUUUGUUCUCACUCACCAGAGAAACUUAGUGUUAUCCUAAACUGCCUUCACUUUUUCGGUUCCUCCAGAUGAUAAAUGAAAAAGGAAACCUUGGCAUCAGCCAGCCGGCUGUCUUUCAUAUCAACGUGAGAAACUUAAUGUGCAGAACAAUGUUUGUUAUUAGCUCUGGCUAAACAAUCAUUUGGUGUUUUUUGAAACAUCGGCUUGUCUUGUGGGUGUUUAAAGGUCUAGUGUGAAAACUGGGGGAAAUGACAAUAUGGGUUUUUACAUUAAGUGCCAUUUCUGAUUUGUCUCAAUGUAAUAACUAUGUGAUUUUGAAAUGCUGUACUUUAGGUGUACUUGGUGUAACUUGUAAGCACUGCCUGGCCCCAUAUCUGUGUAAUAAAAAAGGCCAUGAGAAGCAAA